AUCCCUCAGACGAUGAAAAUAGCCGGGUGAAGAGGUCUAUGAUGUCCCACAGUCCUGUUCCAAAAUUUAAAACACUUAAAGUGGCGCUGAUGUGCCCACCAUCUCUCCAGAAGAAAUAUUCCCAGGGAAACUUACAGGCAAUUACUGGGGGCCUGGUAAACUACUUUAUGAUUCUUGCCAAUAUGGUUGCUGGCAUGUUUCAAGAUCCCUCAAUUGGUAAAAUGAAGAUUACUUAUGUCGUCACUAGAAUCCUUAUCAUCGAUCCUGUCCGGUAUGGUUUCAAGCAAAGUGACAGCAACAGCAUCAAACUAUCCAGGAUAGCUCGAAAGACGAGGGAAAACAACGCGAUACAGAAAGUUCCAUUUGAUGUCUUCAGUUAUAUUUCAGACAAAAUCUCCGGUGGAGCCCUCGCCAUUGCCAAUCAGAUUUGUGUAGUACCUACAGGGAAUGUGAAUCAGGAAAUCGGUUUGCCAACAUCAUUGCAUCUCGCCCACGAGACCGGACAUAACAUGUACCUCGAUCAUACCAGUGGCGACUGUGCUCUAAAAGCUUAUAUCAUGAAUGCUGCACUACCAGGAGGACCUCAUGCCACAGAGUGGUCAGAAUGCUCCAGGAACGUCAUUCAGCGUUUCUUGGCAGACGAAAAAAAGUCUAAAUGUUUAGAUGAUGGUCCCGUGGGUGAUCACCCCACAAUUCUUUCCAGUUUCCGGGGCAAACUUCCCGGGAAAAUCAUCAGUGGCGAUGAACAGUGCAUAAUGCAUUAUGGGGAAGGCUGGAAACAAUACAAUCCGUCCAAUUGUGUUUACUUAUCUUGUAUCAAGGAAGGCACGUUGUUGGGUAGAAAUACGAUUGUUGCAGAUGGAACGGAAUGCGGAUUCCAAAAGUGGUGCAUUAAGGGAAGAUGUGAACAGUCAGGCAUGGUAGAAAAUAUCGCCUGGUCUGAAUGGGGCCCUUACUCUCAGUGUACCCGAGAUUGUGACGGAGGUGUCCAGUACAGAGAGAGGCACUGCGUAAAUGCUAAGCCUCGUUAUGGAAAAAAUUGUAAAGGCGUCAGGAAAGAAUACAGGCUUUGUAAUCCGCAGGAUUGCCCAAGUGAGGAACAAAACUUCAGGAAUGUAUAUGGUCAGCAAGUGUGCAAAGGAAGGAACCCCAAUUACUUCCUUUACAACCUCGCAAGAGACGCAUGUGGCAUAUACUGUAGAGAAGGAAAUCUGGUAAGGAGAAUAGGAACCUUCAAAGACGGUAUCAGAUGUACCAACAAUAGAAAGGACCGCAGCGUCUGUGUUCAAGGAAAAUGUAGAUCGGUUGGUUGUGAUAACGAGUUAGAUGGAAAAACAGCAAUCGACCGUUGCGGUGUUUGCGGAGGAGACGGAGAUACCUGCAGUAAGAUCAAAGCAACCUUCAAAGACUCUCCAGCUGAAGCAGGCCCCGAGAAUGCGAUAGAGGUAGCAGAACUUCCAGUUGGAACUAGAAAUGCUGGUUUCGUGAUGGUUGCCAACACUUUAAAUUAUUUAGGUGUAAUUGACGCUCAAGGCAAAUUCAUAGUUGGGGGACAUCUAGGCGGAAAUCAAGAAAAACCUGCCGCUGGCACAGUGAUAAAGUAUACCCAUAGAAAUAGGCCGGCAGCAAGAGACGUAGUUACUAUAGUUGGCCCUACGAACGCUUCGCUGAGAGUAAUGUACAUAAAGAGAUCACCAAAAACUGGAGACAACCCUGGCGUGAUGUAUCAAUACCUCAUUCAAGGCUCGUCCUCAAGCUCUUCACUCGGCUACAAAUGGGUGGUUGGGGAAUGGUCUACUUGUUCAAGGACUUGCGCUGUCGGUACAAGAACACGUGAUGUUCGUUGUAUUAGGAUAGAUGACGAAAGUCCUGCCAGUAACUCUGCUUGCCCUGGAGAAAUGCCAGCAGUCGAAGACUGCAACACGCAGCCUUGUGCAGCAAAAUGGACUCAAGAAUGGACCUCUUGUUCGAAAACAUGUGGAAACGGACAUCAACAACGUCAACUAAAAUGCCUGCACGAAGUAGCCUUGGACGACUUCAGAGAAACUGAUUUAUGCUCAGAACCGAAACCCGUUAACGUUGGACCAGCUCUGCUGGCCUGCAAUAGAUACCCUUGUCCGGCUGCAUGGAAUGUUGGGCCCUGGUCUGCGUGCCCCACAAAGUGUGCAGUUGGAAUGAUUCGUCGUGAGGUUUCAUGCUCAAGAAUCGACGAAUCCGGAAACUUAACCAUCAUUGAUCCAGAGUUUUGCCGAUAUAUGAACAAACCUCUUUCUGAAAUGAAAUGUAACGAGAAUAAACCUUGUGGAUCGAGACCACCCACCUGCCCUCCCAUUGGACAUAACUGCUCGAAUGGAGGAAGCUGUCAACCGGAUCCAUCAGGUUACAAGUGCGUUUGUGACAAGGGAUUUACUGGCGUCGAGUGCGAAAUAAAAUUAAACCCAUGCGACAAGAAACCGUGUUUAAAUGGUGGUGAGUGCUCAGCGGGGAUCAUUCAUCAUUACAAUCACACCUGCAAGUGUCCCCCUCUCUUUACAGGAAGGAACUGCGAAACUAAAAUAACAGCUUGCAUGAGCAAUCCUUGUUUAAACGGAGCCACUUGUGACGAUAAAGGUCUCUCAGACGAAUAUACUUGUACGUGCCCUCAAGGCCUUACGGGUCAGCGUUGUCAAGUUUCAGCGUUUUAUCGCAUCGGAUGUUUUAAUCACAAAGCAAAUGUGAUACCCACACUGGUAGACCUGAGAAAAGAAGUGAAUCUCAAAGAUACUCAACCCACGAUUAUGAAAUGUGCAGAGCUAGCCCAAGAGAAAGGUUAUAAGUACUUUUCUGUCGGACUGAACGGAAUUUGCUUCUCUGGUCCAAAAGCUGGUGAAAGCUAUUUUACAAAAGGUGCUGCUCCUAACAAGAAAUGCGCUAAAGGCAUUGGCUCAAAAGCCUCUUCUGUCGUUUUUACGUUUGAGUCAGUUCCAUCUUACAAGUCUCUCGGUUGCUACGUUGCCUCGGCUAAGAAGAGACCAAAACCUUUGCGAAUAAGAUACAUCAACUUCCGCAAUCAAAAGAACAAACAGAACGGAGUGACUGUUGAUCAGUGCGCCCGCGUAGCAAAGGCCAAGGGUUACGCAUAUUUCGCUGUGCAGAACACGGCAGAAUGUUGGUCUGAUGUGAAUGCUAGGGACACCUACGAUGACCUUGGUCCUUCUCAAAAAUGCAAGGGAGGAAUAGGGUUGAAAGGAGCGAACAUGGUGUAUCAGUUGAAUGAAUAGCUGGCGCUAAUUUGAUAAGUGGACGGACUUGAUGUCUCUGGUAGCUUCAACGAACCGUUCGACGGAGAAAUUUCUCUUAUAACCUUUUAUUUAACAAUAAUUCUGCAAAAUAGUGUGCCUACUUAAAUUUUGGUAUCUGUUUGAGUAAUUUUCACGUAGUUUUAAGACAGAAAGGGAAGAGAAUAUUAAAUUGAAUGAUUUGUAAUCAAACAAACUGCUAAUGAAAAUACGCAAUAAAAUAAAUUUUCAACCUA